AGAAAAGGAGUUUCAAUCCACCUAUCCUAAGCAAAGGCUGGUGGAAGUUCAUGAGGAAUAUCCCCCAAUCGUUGCCCUGUAGUUAGCCUUUACACCUUUGGAUUGUCCUCAUGACAGUGAAGCCGAGGCUAGGGUUGAAAAGAGAGAAUCUCUCUAUUACCUAUUUGCAUACUAAUCUUACUGACGAGCGACUUCGUACCUCUGGUGGUGCUUCCACGGGUUCAGGAGAUAUGAAAUAUCUUCCAGCAUCUUACAUCCACUGCUUGGUGUCUCAGGUCGAUGUUGCUGGCCUUAGGAUUGGCUUUGAAAAAGAUUGGAAAAUAAGUCCCAAUCCCGGGGCGGAAAGUUCAACAGCUUCGUUCUUUAAGGCAUGGCCAGUGAAAAACUUGUUGGCCUUAAUGGAAGUCCAGCACUUCAGUCCACUCCAAGCUUUGCUACCGUUUUUGAAAGAGUUGUGGAAGCUGGUGUUUAUAAACCCGAGGAAAAGCGAAAGAAGCUCGAUCGAAGAGAGGUUCGCAGAGUCUGAGACAAGACGCAAGAGCGAAAACUUAUGGGGUCGUUUCUGUAACUGGAUAACCAGCACUGAAAAUCGUCUUUAUAUUGGAUGGUUUGGUGUGUUGAUGAUCCCUACUUUGUUGACCGCAACUUCUGUAUUUCUUAUUGCUUUCAUUGCUGCGCCUCCAGUAGAUAUUGAUGGUAUUCGUGAACCUGUUUCUGGAUCUCUACUUUAUGGAAAUAAUAUCAUUUCAGGUGCUAUUAUUCCGACUUCUGCAGCUAUAGGGUUGCACUUUUAUCCAAUAUGGGAAGCAGCAUCCAUCGCUGAAUGGUUAUACAAUGGUGGUCCUUAUGAACUAAUCGUUCUACAUUUUUUACUUGGUGUAGCAUGUUAUAUGGGCCGCGAGUGGGAACUUAGUUUCCGCUUGGGUAUGCGCCCAUGGAUUGCUAUUGCGUAUUCAGCUCCUGUUGCAGCUGCUACCGCCGUUUUCUUGAUCUAUCCAAUUGGUCAAGGGAGUUUUUCUGAUGGGAUGCCCUUGGGAAUCUCUGGUACGUUCAAUUUCAUGAUAGUAUUCCAGGCUGAGCACAACAUUCUUAUGCACCCAUUUCAUAUGUUAGGUGUCGCUGGUGUAUUUGGAGGCUCCCUAUUCAGUGCUAUGCAUGGCUCCUUGGUAACUUCUAGUUUAAUUAGGGAAACUACCGAAAGUGAAUCGGCUAACAAAGGUUACAAAUUUGGUCAAGAAGAAGAAACUUAUAAUAUUGUAGCCGCUCAUGGUUAUUUUGGCCGAUUGAUUUUCCAAUACGCAAGUUUCAACAAUUCUCGUUCGUUACAUUUCUUUUUAGCUGCUUGGCCUGUUAUAGGUAUCUGGUUCACUGCUUUAGGUAUAAGCACCAUGGCAUUCAACCUAAAUGGAUUUAAUUUCAACCAGUCUGUAGUGGAUAGUAAAGGCCAUGUAAUUAAUACUUGGGCUGAUAUCAUAAAUCGUGCCAAUCUUGGGAUGGAAGUUAUGCAUGAGCGUAAUGCGCACAACUUUCCUUUAGAUCUAGCUACUUUUGAAGUUUCAGCUACAAACGCGUAAGAUGAGAUAAGGAUUAGAGG